AUGAAAAGGAGCCUGGCUGCAUACAUAAAGAGCAACGUGCUCUGGAUAGGGCUAGCAGUGGCAAUAAAGCCCUUCUCUCUGUGUGAAAUGCUGUCCAAGUACUCAUACUACGAUGUGGAAGAGGCGCAGGAGUAUUUUUCAGGCAAUCCACUAGCAGAUAAGCCCUUUUUUCUGGUGUAUGCUCUGCACCGCGCGAUAUCGCUGGUCAGCAAAAACCCGCCUGCUGUUUUCCGCAUUAUGUCGCUUGUCUGCGACUUUAUAUCCAGCUACUUUCUUGGAAAUAUAUGGUAUUUUGUGCUCUCCGCGCUGUUUCCCAGCGACCCUUCAUCUCUUGUCUGCCUUCUGUUUUCCAUGUACUACAGCGGCGCCCUUGCAAAACAUCUGGCCCCUCUUCUUAUGCUUGUGUGUGUAGAAAGCACGCACACUGUAACCACGCCUGGGCUCAACGCCUACUGGUAUGUAAACAUCCAGAUGAUCGAGCAGUACAGGCCUAUGUUCCAUGAGCUGUUUUUCUCCACCCACAUUUUCCUCCUCGGCAUGUCUACGCUGUCCAGUCUGCCCAGCAGCAAGCUGUACAUGGCAAUGGUCUUCAAGGACCUGGGGUACCGAGGCUAUCUUCUUCUGUGGUGCAUGCUGACCAGAGGGCAGCCUCGCGAUAAAAUACUUGGCGCCUGCUUGGGAGUUGCCCUGCUGGGCUUUUUCCUGGACUGCAUUGUGUGGUACAUGCUUGUGUUUUGCGGCGUAGGAAACAUGAACUUUCUGUGCUGGAGCAACCUAAUAACCAUAAUUUCCACAGGAUUGGCUACGCUCCACCAUGAAAUCAAAAAGAGAAGAGGCAUGCAAAAGCCCGCAGCCCACCGCCACAAAUAG